AUGGCGUUCAACUUCAGCUGGCCGUCGUUCAGUCCAGAGUUUAUUGAACAAUCGAGACAGUUGUUAAAUACUGCCCUGAAUAAAAGUAAUAAACCGGCUAAUAUUGUUGAUCAUAUUGUCGUAAAGGAACUGAAUAUGGGCACACAGGCACCAGAAUUAGAAAUUCUUGAAAUUGGAGAAUUAGCUCUUGACAAGUUUCGAGGCAUAUUCAAAUUAACCUAUAGCGGAGAUGCUUAUUUAGUGUUACAGACCAAAGUUCAGGCUAAUCCAAUGAAUAAUAACAAAAUAGAAUCCACAUCAUCAUACACGCGUCGUGGUAUUCUAGCGGCAGAUCAACCAUUGGUGGUGCCGAUGCUUUUACGACUGAGUAAUUUGAAGCUGAGAGGAAUCGUCGUGUUAGUGGUUAGCAAACAAAAGGGAAUCACGCUAGUUUUCAAAAAUGAUCCAUUGGAAAGAGUCGAUGUUUCGUCGACUUUUGAUAGCGUGACUAGUGUACAACGGUUUCUGCAGACGGAAAUCGAAAAGAGGCUUCGAAUAAUGUUUCAGGAGGAUUUACCAUCGAUAGUUCAUCAAUUAUCAUUACAGAAAUGGUUGAAUAAUGAUAGGAAAAAUAAUAACUGCAACAAUAAUAAGAAGACUUUAGAAAAAUCUAAUUCACCUUCUAGAUCCUCAUUUACUACAUCAGCAUCUUCGGAACAACGAGGCCCAUUUAUUGAUCACCACACCAAUGUCUUUAAUGACUACUUUACAGAAAGUCCUGUUCUUCCACAUGAGACAAUGUCAAUGCCUGAACUUGGUGGUGGUAAUGGAUAUUUUUCUCCAUUAUCAACACCCAGUUCUGACUUAUCAGUAAACACAUCUCCCGAUUCAUCCUUUUACGCGGAAGAUGGAUAUUCGAUGAUGGGUGGAGAUCUUGAAUCACUUGACGGAUUUUCCGCGUACUCGACUUACUCCAAUUUCGGUGAACUAUUUGAUAAGGAGAAAGGACUAAAAGCGAUAUCCCAAAAAUAUAAAGGUGAUCAGUUGCUGGAUUCAAGUCGGCCGCGUCCGUCAGAAACCUCAGUUGCUGCUCAACUUGCAACCUUAAUGAAUUCCAAUCACACAAUCUCGCCGUACACUCGCACAUUACAACAUCUCACCUUUCGAUCUUAUCCACAUCCAAUCAACAAAAAACCGGCAAAUAAACGUGCAAGGUCGGGGCUGUGA